GUCAGCAGCCACUGCAGCAUGGAUACUCCCCGCCUGGUCUUAACAUCUUAAGGGACAAACAAUAUGUGGAUGGUAUACACAAUGGGAUCACUGUAGGAUGCCAUAACAUCACACCCAGUGAAGAGUGUUUUCUGCAGCCACAAGCACCACACAGGGAGGGAUUUUCUCUGCUGCACAGCAGAGAGGUUGAUUGAGAAAGAAAAAAAAUAUUGGGGAGGGAGGGUACUGGUAAGGAAGAGGAAGGAAAAGCUUGCUUAUAUAAAGAAAGAGAGUAGAGCAAAAGCAGAGAGGUGUGGUCUGUGAGCACAUUCGGGGACACCCACAGAAGGCUGAACUGUGAGUACUAGAGAGUAAGUUGGACAAUAAUACAACUUAACGCAUUUUUUGUGGCUUCACAGGAGGUUACUUUGUUAAAAGGUCAUGUUUGCACAUUUUAAUUGAUUUCUUUUGUUGUUAAAAUGGGAGUAUUAUGACCUGAUGGCACCCUAACAAAGGUAAGUUCUUUCUGUUAGUUAACAUCUGGAUUUAUGCAGAAGUCGAUCUUUGUUGGAAGACCGCCUGAACUGAAGCAGCACAUCUUUCUGCCUACAUGUUUAAGCUCAUGUCUUUUGUGCAACUUUAAUUUUACAUUAGUAUUUUUUAUUUUGUGUCAUGCAGGUCUACUUCUUGUGUAUGUGCGUGUGUGUGUAUGUUCAUGCAGGUGAUAAUAGAUAGUUUUGGGGAAUUGUCUGCCUGUGUGUUUGUGUGUGUUUGUAAGGGACCAUGGCGGGUUUUGGGAAGAGCUUGAAGGUGCUACGCUGCCUCACCUUUGCUACGGGUCUGGUGGAGUGUCUGUGUUUUGCUGGAGCCGUGUUCGGAUGGGCUUCACUUGUUUUUGUCCUGAAGACGGACGGCUACUUCAGCUCUCUGUGCGUCAACACCACAACGGUCAAUGCAACGCAGGUCUUAGAUUGCAGUGAACAGGAUGAACAGUUCUCACUUAUUUUCACCAUUGCCUCCUUUAUGAACAAUUUCAUGACGUUGCCUAAUGGUUUCCUGUUUGACCGUUUUGGUACGACAGUGGCUCGUCUUUUUGGAAUAUUUCUUUACACUUUGGGUACUUUGAUGGUGGCCUUCUCGACUGCAGCUUUGUCCAACCUGCUGUUCCCAGCUCUCUCCUUCGUGGCAGUGGGCGGCAUCCUGUUUCUAAUAACCAACAUGCAGGUAGGAAACCUUUUUGGCUCACAUCGCUCCACCAUCAUCACUCUCUAUAACGGGGCCUUCGAUUCUUCCUCAGCACUCUUCCUUGUCAUCAAGCUGUUACACGAGGCUGGCAUCUCUCUCCGCUCCUCCUUCCUCUUUCUGUCCGCCUGCAGCUUCAUUCACCUGCUCAGGACUUUCUUCCUGCUGCCCAGAGGCCACAUACCCUACACCGUGCCUGACCACUACACAUACGGGGUAACCUGUGGUAAAUCAAAUAGUCUGAGCUUAGAGCAGACAACAGCCAAUGCUAACACACAGAUGACGACAGAGGAAACGCCAUUCAACAAGGAACCUGUGAAACAAGAGAAGAGUUUCCGUGAGUGUGUGAUGUCCAGGUUCUUUGUGUGGCACCUGGUUUGGUUGUCGGUCAUGCAGCUCAGACAUUACCUCUUUAUCGGCACCCUCAACCCCAUGCUGCAGCGGCUGACAGCGGGAGAGCCUUCACUGGUGAGCCAGUACACCAAUGCCUUUGCUAUAACGCAGCUGUGUGGCGUGCUGUGUGCUCCCUGGAACGGUCUCAUCAUGGACAGACACAAGGGCAAACCUCGGGCUGCAGGAGAGAGUGAACAGGAAGCAGACCUGCGGGCCUCGGGGCUUUCUCUCUUCCUGACGGCGUUGCAGUGUCUACUGUUCUCAGUUUGUGCUUCCACCCCGUACCUGUCGCUUCAGUACCUCACCUUCAUCCUGCAGGUGCUCAACCGCUCCUUCCUCUACGGGGGCAACGCAGCCUUCGUCAGUGUGGCUUUUCCGUCGUGCCAUUUUGGGAAGCUGUAUGGGCUGGUCAUGGCUCUGUCUGCAGUGUUUUCUCUGCUGCAGUAUGCCUGCUUUGCUGUGGUGAAAGGCCCUCUGGAUGGAGACCCUUUAUAUGUAAACAUCGCUCUGACGCUGAUCAGCCUGCUCGCCUUCAUCCAUCCCCUCUCUGUCUUCCUGCACUGUCGAAGUCUCGCCUCCCAGCGAGCCAUCAAUGCCUCCUCCUAAAGUUGGUCAAAUGAGAACCACACUUAAAAUGUUCUUACAAUCACCAGUGGUGCUACUAGAAGAGCUGCUACCUCUCUAGUUUGAUUGAUUAAUAGUGCUCAUAAGUUUUUUUAUUUUCACUUAGGCAUGGAUCUUUUUACACUCUUCUACAAUGUUAGAGUCAGCUGAUGGUGCUUUUUGGAAACCCAGCUUUAGCAACAAGCUAAUUAGCUAUGUCUGUUUUUACAGUUAAAAUUCCUUGUGCUGCUUUCCAUAUUUUUAUGUUUCUUGUUUUUUCAAAUCUUAUGAUUUAACAUAUGUUGUAUUAUUUUAUCCAUGGUUGGAUUCAAAGUGCCAAAAGAUAAGAAACUUUAUUGUAAAAGCUGAAAAUGUUACAGAUAAUGUUUAUAUUAGUGUUGGCCUCUUCAGGUUAUCUCAUAUAUUUCUUUUUUAAACCAGUAUAGGACCAACAGUGUGUGGAAGGAAAAGGAUGCAUGUAGUAUCAGAGUAAGGGACGAUUGGCAGUCAGAAUCACAAAUGUCAGUGUCUGUGUUCUUUUAAUUAGAUCUUUCAGUGAUGUGCACAGAACAAAAAGAUAACUCAGGCAAACCCUCUGUUUGAACAAAUAUCCUGUUAACUGAUCUCUGCACAGAUCGCUUUACCAUAUGAGUCCAUUCAGAUACAUGAAAUAGAGCAGGGUAGUGCACUAGAGCAGGGGACACACCUCUGCCAUCUGCUGGCCACUCAGGUAGCUACUGAUAUAACUACUCUGCCAAACAUUAACCAACCGUUAAAUUAUCUCCUUUUAUGUUUUGGUUGUAUCCAACAAAUUAAGUCUCAGCUGUUGUGUCUGUGUAGUUCAGGAGAAGAAUUUAGUGUCAUGGAUUCAAAAAAAAGAGAAAUGUGUCAUUUUUCUUUUACCAGUAAGUUUACGUUUUAGCUUGAUUUAGUGUAUUUUGCUGAAAUGCCAAGACUGAAGUGGUGGUAAUGUUGAAAUGUAACAUUGAAUAUGCAAACUAUUUAUCUUGCUGCAACAAAUGAAAUGUAUUUUGUGAUAUGAACUUUGGAAGUGUAGUGAAGAGAAUUGUAACUUUUAAAUCGUUAAUUUUCCCCAAAUGUUUCCGUUUUCAGCUAUUGUGAGAAACAUGAUGCACUUGCAGGCAGCUGCCUAUUUCAGAUGGUGUAGAAAAUACCAUUUUAAUCCAGUAAUUGGACAUUUAAAAAAAAGACUAUAAAUGAAAUAUAAAUGGAACUGUAUGUUGUACACCAAAUAAAUACAUACAAAUAAAAAGUGAACUGGAUGUUUGAUUGGA